UUCUGCGGCCGUGGGAGGCGGCGGCGGCGGCAGCAGCGGCGGCGGCGGCUUGAGGAGCCGAGCGCUCGCGGCCGUGCCGUGGAGCGGGACUCAGGCGGCUGCGGAGGCGGUGGCGGAGGAAGGGACCGGCGCGGGGGCGGGCGAGCGCGGCGGAAGCCAGAGAGCGCGAGAGGACCCGUGGCUGGCCCCGGGCAGGAGCCGGGGCGGCAGCAACAGCGAUCCCGACGAGGGAGGCGCAGGCGGCGGCGGCGGCAGCAGCAGCGGCAGCGGGGGCCCGUGUCCGUGCGCUCCGGCGGCCAGCGGGCGCGGGCCGGGGCGAUGGAGCCGCAGCACGUGCGCCCCGUGCUUGGAGCCCAGAGCCCGGCCUGGGAGGAACCGGAAUCAGAGAGGAUGGCCGGGGCCGGCAGCCAGCACCACCCUCAGGGCGUCGCGGGAGGAGCGGUCGCUGGGGCCAGCGCGGUUUCCCCCACUGCCUCUGGACCGGGAGAGGAUUCGUCCGACAGUGAAGCAGAGCAGGAGGGACCCCAGAAGCUGAUCCGCAAAGUGUCCACCUCUGGACAGAUCCGGACCAAGACCAGUAUUAAGGAAGGACAACUGCUGAAACAAACCAGCUCUUUCCAAAGGUGGAAAAAGAGAUACUUCAAGCUUCGAGGCCGCACACUUUAUUAUGCGAAAGACUCCAAGUCCUUGAUAUUUGAUGAAGUUGACCUCUCAGAUGCCAGUGUCGCAGAAGCAAGCACAAAAAAUGCCAACAACAGCUUUACGAUAAUCACUCCAUUCAGAAGGCUGAUGCUAUGUGCUGAGAACAGGAAAGAGAUGGAGGACUGGAUCAGCUCCCUGAAGUCAGUGCAGAGCAGAGAACCCUAUGAGGUGGCCCAGUUUAACGUGGAACAUUUCUCAGGGAUGCAUAACUGGUACGCCUGCUCCCACGCCCGGCCCACCUUCUGUAACGUGUGCAGAGAGAGUCUCUCUGGAGUGACCUCCCAUGGCCUGUCCUGCGAAGUGUGUAAGUUCAAGGCUCACAAAAGAUGUGCAGUGAGGGCAACAAACAACUGCAAAUGGACCACACUGGCCUCCAUCGGAAAGGACAUCAUAGAAGAUGAGGAUGGUGUUGCCAUGCCUCACCAGUGGCUUGAAGGCAACUUGCCUGUGAGUGCCAAAUGUGCAGUCUGUGACAAAACAUGUGGCAGUGUUCUUCGCCUACAAGAUUGGAAAUGCCUUUGGUGUAAGACAAUGGUACACACUGCCUGCAAAGACGUGUACCAUCCCGUCUGCCCACUCGGCCAGUGUAAAGUCUCCAUCAUACCUCCGAUUGCACUGAAUAGCACAGACUCUGAUGGUUUCUGUCGAGCAACCUUUUCAUUCUGUGUCAGCCCUCUCUUGGUAUUCGUCAACUCUAAGAGUGGAGAUAAUCAGGGCGUGAAGUUCCUUCGUCGCUUUAAACAGUUGCUCAACCCGGCUCAGGUGUUCGAUUUAAUGAAUGGAGGGCCUCAUUUAGGCUUGAGAUUGUUUCAAAAGUUUGACAACUUCCGGAUCCUUGUCUGUGGAGGAGAUGGAAGUGUAGGCUGGGUUUUGUCAGAGAUUGAUAAACUGAACUUGCAUAAACAGUGCCAGCUUGGGGUGCUACCCUUGGGUACAGGCAAUGACCUUGCUCGAGUUCUUGGCUGGGGAGGUUCGUAUGAUGACGACACCCAACUUCCUCAGAUACUAGAGAAGCUGGAAAGAGCCAGUACCAAAAUGUUGGACAGGUGGAGUAUAAUGACCUAUGAACUCAAGUUGCCAGCAAAAGCGUCUCUACUUCCUGAACCUGCGGAAGCGACUGAGGAAUUUUACAUGGCAAUUUAUGAAGACUCCGUUGCAAAUCACCUUACGAAAAUCGUCAAUUCUGAUGAGCAUGCGGUGGUCAUAUCGUCUGCCAAGAUACUCUGUGAAACCGUGAAGGACUUCGUUGCCAAAGUGGAGAAGGCCCAGGACAGGACACUGGAAAAUGCAGUAGUAGCCGAAGCCGUGGCCAGUAAAUGCUCAGUCCUAAAUGAGAAGCUUGAACAACUGCUACAAGCCCUGCAUGCAGACCAUCAGGCCAGUCGAGUUCCCCCAGGGGUCGGCCCUGCAAUCCCUGAAGAGGACACCUUGGAGUCUGCCAGUGAAGAGUCCUUGGGUGAAAGCAAGGACCAGCUCGUGAAUGACAUUGGGAAACCCUCCUCCCAGAAAGCUUCGAGGCCCCGGGAAAUAAUGCUGCGGGCCAACAGUCUAAAGAAGGCAGUGAGGCAAGUCAUUGAAGAAGCUGGAAAAGUUAUGGACGAGCAGACAGUGCAGCCCUGUGAGCCAGUGAGUUCAUCCUGUGACUGUGAUACAGAAGCAGACGAAGCUAAAGAGGACGACACCAAAGAGUCAUUAUCAGCCAAAACCACAUCUCAGUCUCCUGAUGCCCAGGCAAGUCGUGGCCAUUCCCAAACUGAUUCUGUCGCUGGUCCAGCUGUGGCCACCACCAAAGAAAACCUCCCUGUGCUCAACACUAGAAUAAUCUGCCCAGGUUUGAGAGCAGGACUUGCCGCGUCCAUUGCUGGGAGUUCUAUCAUUAACAAAAUGUUGCUGGCGAACAUCGAUCCUUUUGGUGCAACGCCGUUUAUUGACCCAGAUCUAGAUUCACUAGAUGGAUACUCUGAAAAAUGUGUCAUGAACAACUACUUUGGGAUUGGAUUAGAUGCAAAAAUUUCAUUAGAAUUUAAUAAUAAGAGAGAGGAGCACCCUGAAAAAUGCAGAAGCCGAACUAAAAACUUGAUGUGGUAUGGAGUCCUUGGGACUCGGGAGUUGUUACAGAGAUCAUAUAAGAAUCUGGAACAAAGGGUUCAGCUUGAGUGUGAUGGGCAGUAUAUUCCUCUUCCCAGUCUACAAGGCAUAGCAGUGUUGAACAUCCCUAGCUACGCAGGAGGCACCAACUUCUGGGGCGGAACCAAAGAGGAUGAUAUAUUUGCUGCCCCAUCCUUUGAUGACAAGAUUCUGGAAGUCGUCGCAGUGUUUGACAGUGUGCAGAUGGCAGUGUCAAGGGUCAUCAAACUGCAGCACCACCGGAUAGCACAGUGCCGUACAGUAAAAAUCACUAUAUUUGGUGACGAGGGAGUCCCAGUGCAGGUGGAUGGUGAAGCAUGGGUCCAGCCUCCAGGGAUCAUCAAGAUUGUGCACAAAAACAGAGCGCAGAUGCUAACCAGAGACAGAGCCUUUGAAAGCACCCUGAAGUCUUGGGAAGACAAGCAGAAGUGUGACUCUGGGAAGCCAGUUCUUCGAACCAACCUGUACAUCCAUCCCGCCCCUGACCUGGCAACAGAGGAAGUGUCACAGAUGCGGCUCUGCUCCCAGGCUGCAGAGGAGCUCAUCACUAGGAUUUGUGACGCGGCCACGAUUCACUGUCUCCUGGAGCAAGAGCUGGCUCACGCCGUGAAUGCGUGCUCACAUGCCCUGAACAAAGCCAACCCACGCUUCCCGGAGAGUCUUACGAGAGAUACUGCCACUGAAAUAGCCAUCAACGUCAAGGCGCUCUAUAAUGAAACAGAGUCCUUGCUAGUUGGCAGGGUUCCUUUGCACUUGGAGUCUCCUCAUGAAGAGCUGGUAUCCACUGCCUUACAUUCUGUGGAGAUGGAGCUUCGGAAGUUAACGGAGAUCCCCUGGCUUUAUUACAUCCUACACCCCAAUGAGAAUGAGGAGCCUCCUAUGGAUUGCACCAAAAGAAACAACAAAAGCACAGUCUUUCGCAUAGUGCCAAAGUUUAAAAAGGAAAAGGCUCAGAAACAGAAAACAAGUUCACAGCCUGUUCAGAAUUGGGGCACAGAGGAAGUUGCUGCUUGGCUGGAUCUGCUCAAUUUGGGAGAGUACAAAGAAAUCUUCGUGCGUCAUGACGUCAGAGGGGCUGAACUUUUGCAUCUGGAAAGACGAGAUCUUAAGGACCUGGGGAUCCCGAAAGUGGGUCAUAUGAAGCGAAUUCUCCAGGGAAUUAAAGAGCUUGAACGGAACCCUCCCAACUUGUUCUGAGGUGUGGUCACACUGGUGCUAUUUCUGGAAGAGAAGUCCUCGCCACUCAAUACAGAGUCCUUGGAAGGCGCUGGCUGUUCUUGCCGUUUACUGCACAGAUAAGCACCUCUGGAGCACCUCUCUCGAUUGAUAUUUUGCUGUGGGUGAAGGUUUUGAUUUGAGGUAUUAGAAAAUAAGUUUUUGUGCCAAAAAAAAAAAAGACCAUUCCACAAAGCCAUGUUCUCAUUGUGCAAACCUGACAUGCUAAAAAAUGCUCACAGUGGUGGAAGAAGGAUCAGACGUAAUUGCCUUGUCUAAAAAGUGGACUUGCUUGCCCGACAUCCGGUGUCUUUAGAUCUGGGCGCACAGGAGGCUCCUAUGUGCACCUGUAGCUGUGUUACCCGUGUGCAGCUGGCAAACUUCUUAGGCUUCAUAGCGAAGGUGUUGACUCCUCCCUAGAAGCCACUGGUUAGGAGAGAAAGAUAGGAGUUGUACUUUACGUUUUUCACCCCAAGUUCCCAUUAUCCACUGGUCAAAAACCAUGGUGAAACCAACCCAUCACACGCUAUGACUGAUGCAGAUCUGAUGCACGAUGUUCCUUGCUUGAGUUGUCUUUCUUUUUCUUGCAUGUCAUAUAUAUUAUUGUAAUAUUUCAAUAGCUUUAACGUCUAUUAUAAUGAAAUUUAAUUUAUUACCACCCAACUACCCAAGCACUUUUUGGUUAGUUAACCAGGGCACUUUUGAGUAAGUAUUUCAUACUUAAGAUUCUGGGAAUGUUCAUCUGUGCCACGAUCAACAAAUGACAUACAUCUUAGGCAAACUAAAUUAUUUGCCCGUCCCAAACCACAGGUGUGCACAUAAGGAGAAUUAAUGGGCAUUUUCAUAAGCUUACAUGUUCUGUCACCUAACAAAACUUAUUCCAACUUUCCAAACCCAAAUUCUCACAUUUUGUUCCCAUUUUUUUUUCAUUUCAAUUUAAUAACCAUUUUGAGUUUCUGCUUGCACUUGUAAGACUUGCCAUCCAGGGAUUGUUCAAGGUCUUGGCUGAGAUUCCUACCCUGAGUUCUGGUGGACUAGCUGAGGUGAAUAUUGGCAGGAGCUCACGGAGAGCCGGGAUUUCAUCCUGCUUCUUAAGGGCUCUUGGUAUUAUUAUCUCACAUUUUGAUGGUCUAUCAGGUAGAUGUCAUUUCCUUUUUUCUAAAUCAUUAUGUGUCAGUGUCACUCAAUAGAGUUAUCAAGUAUCUGAAAGCCAAAGGUAUACAUGUCAAAAAAGUA